CAUUCUUACUGCCUCACCUCCCAACACGAGAUCGGUGAUUGUCCCCAACAUAGAAUGCCUUUCGCUCGAGUACUGCAGAAAUGUAGUUGAAAUUUGAAGAUAACGCGACAUCCGUAGUUUCAAAAUGAAUACACCUUCGAGAGGAGAUUGGGAUCAGUUUCGUGGUGGUCAAAAUAUGUUCCCUGAUGAAGAGAACGAAGAUGAGGACCCGGAGGAGCAAGAAGAGGACUUGGAUCACGAAGAGGAAGAAGCUGCCUCCGCUGCCGAUCCGUAUCAUUAUACAAAGUAUGCUCCAAGCAGAACGACAGACGAAUACACAUACGGCGAAGAUGAUCGGCCGGGAGUGUAUGUAGCGGACAAUAUGAAUCGUCAGUCAUCGGUGUCUCAUACUUUUCAAGGCUCACAAAAAGCAGUCUCUCCAACCAUCAUAGGCUCGGGAGCUCCACAUAAACAGAAAUAUCGACCUUCCACAGGGAGGAGCAGCUCAGAUUCUCAAAGCAAGCCAAAAUCAUUGUCACCUCCAGUAUCAGUGAGCGUACAGGCUGCAAAAAGCGACAGUCGAGCUGAGGAAAUUCUUAGGGGCGAGAACGAACUUUUGAAGGCCCAAUUGCGAAAUACUCAAAGAGAGAGGUUGAGCGCAUUGGACGACUUCCAGCCAUGCAGUGAUUCAGAUCUGAAAGAGGCAUUUUCGAGGCUGCAACGUCAAGUCUCAUCGCUCUCUAGACAGCUCAGAAGUAGUCUGUCAAAGUCCAAAGAUAUAUCUACUGUUCUCAGUGGUUAUAUGAUGAGUUUAUGCCCUACCACAACCAUCCCGUUAAAGUACAUUUUCGAGAGCUUUCUCUGGCGGCAGGUUUACAUCGAAUGUUUUCAAACGCCAUUCGCUCUGUUGGGCCCUGACUCUACUAUGAUAUACCAAGUCUGGUGUUUAGUUUUCAGUCAUGGUCUCGGGACCUUUCCUCAACCGACUGAGGCUUCGGAAAGAUGGAGAAGCAUCACCACAAUAGAGAUGCUUAGCGAGAUCACACAUUCAAGGAAGGAUGAGAUCGUGAAGGAGAUGACUGCAUCUUUCCUGUCAAGAUUUGCUUCUCGAGACCCUCAACUUCAUUCGGCGUUGGCGAAAGGAGACCACCUAGAGAAGUUGAUCGACAAGGGCUGGGAUGCUGCUGCCAUGUUUGCCCAGCAACGAUGUCGGCUCAGUUUGACGCCCCCAGUCACAAUUGAGCAUCUGAGCUCCAGCUGGGUGGAGGUGGUUGAAGAUAUCCAACACAACGAACGCGAUGUCUUUGGCGUUUCUCCCUCGCUUCUCAAAUAUGGGAGUGGCCAUGGCCAGAAUUUUGAUACGUGGCUGUGUCUAAUUAAAUCAAAGGCUCUUAGAAUCGGCGAGCCAUGAUAGACGAACGAUAAACAAUAAACAAGGAGAUUUGCCAAAUGAUCCCCAUCUGGGGUCACUCUGUUGAAGAUGCUCGGCUCGACUUGACAAUCGAAACUGAACGCCAAAGCUCAUUUUCAGGGGCUCGCUUAAAUUCUCAUUAUGUUUGCUCUCUAGGUCCAACCAUCACUCUCCCAGAUUUAUUAUACCAAAGAAGAGACUCUAAACACUGCAGUGUCUAGUCCCAUACUCAACUCGUAAUCAACACUCUAACACCUUGACUCCCUUCCUUCACAAGCGGGAAGAAACCAUCUCCAACCAUCUCCACAUCCCCUUUAUCAGUCCCCACUAAUCUCAUUACGCCCCUGUCCCCUUUGUCCCCCACCCCACCAAUCCUCCCAAACACUCCCGCAAA